AAUUUGUAUAAUUGUCGAAAAUAACUUUUGUCCAAAUUUGUGUGCGCUAUUAGAAAUUCUAAUUUUCGCUAAAAAUUUAUUGAAUUUAUGUAAAUAAAUUUAGCAUUUUAUUAUUUUAUUAUAAAUUGAUUUUUCAUUGUUAAAGAAAUUGUUUUGUAAAACUAAAUUGUUUUAAAUUUCGUGCAAUAUGUUCUCUGGUGCGAAACGUGCGACCAGAUUGGAAGCGCAUACGACAAGACGCAAUCAGCGCAUUAUCGAGAACUUCGUCAAGAAUGAAGAUGUGCCACAUUGGUAUCGCGGUUUGUCUUCCUUUCAAAUUGAGGCCACACACCAAUUGCAUUAUGCAAUACGCGAUGAUCUUGAACAGGGUACAACACAUCGCGUAUGGAACUUAUUGAAUCGUAUUGGCCUACGACCGAGCAUCAGUGGUGCUAAUAUACGUUUUCUAAUGUUUAUGAGCGGCGGCAAUGAUUUGGCAUUUUUGUGGUUCAUUAAAGAACUAUUCUACAAAACCGAUGGGCCAGAUUACAAUCUAAAUGAACAAUUAAUUCUGUCAAGCAUCGCUAAUCUGGACAUAUUAUUUACGUUACGCGGCUUAGAUAACAUACUGCCGCCUAAACAGCCGACGAAAGAAGAAAUUCGACGCAUUGCGAGGAAGAAAAUCGAAAAACAAAAAUUAAAAUUCCAAAAUGAAGCUGGAACCGAAAACGAAAAAACGACCAUUAAUAGCAUGCGGAUUAAGUAUAAGCUGCCAUACUUUGAAGAAUUGGUGCGACCGCGACUUUAUGAACAUCCGCUGACCUCAUUUCCGCCUACAUAUCGUACCAAAUUGAUGUUUGAAGAUGUGCUUAGGGAUUCGAAUUAUGUCAUACCGAAUGAGAGCAAUCGCUGGUUUGCCGAUUAUCAAUUGCAUCCCGGCAAGAAGACCGGUUUGGAAAUGCUAACCGAUAAAAUGCACCAAAUAUACAAAACCAAAUUACCAAGGCAAUCGGUUAUGAUAAAAGAUGUAUUUAAUAGACAAUUGCAUAAUGUUUUAAAUCCGGAAGCAUAUUUGCACAAGGAUAUGCAGAAAAAGAACUUAUGCUUACAUCAUCAAGCAUUAGAAGAAAUGGAGAGAAAUCUCGAAAAUGAAUUACGUUGGCGAGCGCAAGAAAAAUGCUUGAAAUAUUUCGAUACAGAAACACCCAAGCGGGAGGAGCGCAUUGAACGCAUCCGUCAACAAAUUGAAGAGGACGUUAAUGAGCUUAUGACACAAUUCAAACGAUUAGCUAGUCGCACUCGUAGCCACAUGCAGAUAAUUUCGCAAGAUGAAAUUCGUGUUUGUGAUUCAAACGAAUUUGACACCACAGAUCGUUUAUGUGGUGGCAUGGAAAGCAGAUGGACUAAGUUGACAUGCCACAGUGAAACUUGUCUAACACAGCGAGAUUACGGUUGCGUACACGAACAUAAACCAACUCCUACGAAGAGUGACGACAGUAUGCCAAGCUCCUCGGAAUCGGGUACAAAUUGGGUAGAGGAAAAUAUUGGCGACUGUUUGACUGUAACUGCGCAGGCAAAAGCGAAAUGCUGUAAGGAAUGCAAAACAGAUCCAGCAAAGUUCAAGCGCAAAUGCACAAACCCAUAUGCGUCGAAAAAGCAAAGUGUACGCGACAUUUUACAUAAGAUGCCUUGCGAUUGUGGUUACAAAUAUGUGAAAGCCUACGAUUAUGGGCAUUCCGAGCAGGCAAAACACGUAACGGAAUCGUAUUUCAAAGCGCCCGAUGAGAAUCAGCCUUAUAUGUUCGACUAUCCUAAAGUGUUCGCACACAAGAAACGUGAAAGUACGCGGUUAAAUGUGCAGAAAGAAUUCUUAAAAAUCAUAAAUAGCGAUUUAAAUUUAGAUAAGAAUGAUCCGAAUGCGCCAAAAAAUCUAGAUGAGGCUGUAAAAGCUUACGCGAAGAAAGCGUUCAAAGAAGGCGUGGCAGCGAAAAAUAUCGAAAUGGCUGCAGAGGAAGAGCUAGAGAAAAAUCGACGCAGAUAUCCAUUUUUAGAUGUGGAAAUGGACUACUAUGAUCCGGAAGAUGGGAAAUUGAUGCAGAGUAUGUUGAAAAGUGCGCUCGAUUACUUGGCUAAAAAUCCAAAGUAUGUCUUAGCCUCAAUGCCCGACGCACAUAAGCUGCCAUCAUUACUUUCGUGGAUGGAGACGCGCUAUGGCAAAUCGUAUACGCGGGAGCAGCUGGUCAAAAUGCACAUCAAAACACGUCCAACAUUCCGUGCACUGAAACAGAUGACCGCAGACGUGCUGAUGCCCUCUGCCAAAAGUCUGGGCAACGCCGUUUAUGUCAAUUACAAUUGCAGAGAUUACCUCAUGAAAAAGACCGAAAGACUGCGUAAUGAAUAUUACAGAAGAUUGAACGAUUCUAUUAUGGAACAAUCACGUACUUUUUACUUGGCAAUUAAACCUCAUAUAUGCAAUCACCCCAGGGACACAUUUUUCGCUUAUAUGCCGUCGCGUGAAGCAGACAUACAGCACUUUCGUAUUUGGCGUAAUCACGAGCAUAUGCCCGCAAAGGACGAGUUUUUUAAACGGAAAUGUCGUGCUAUGAAGUUGGCCAACCGAUUCUACUGAGUCUUAAUGACGACGUACCAGGCUUUUGUUUAGAUUGUAGUGUUGUAAGCAUAAAAUAUGUUUAGUCCUCAUUUAUGUAGGUACAACAUUUAUAAGAAAAACUAAAUUUUUAAUGCAGAAGAGUAAAGAAAUUUCGCAAAAAAAUUUUGUUAACAAAUUUGUGUAUAUUUGUAGGCAAAAUUGUUUGCCAAUAUUUCAUAUUAACAACUCAUGCUUAUAAAUUUUUACAAUGUAAAAUACCCAAAAGGUUAGCAUAAAAAUUUUUUAUUUUUUCUAAAUUGGUUUGGUCAUUUAAUAACCACACAAGGGUUAAAACAAACACAAGAAAAUGUGAACUAUUCCCAAUCAAACCGGUAUAUAAAACAGCUGUUUUCGUUCCAUUCAUUUAUUUAUUGCCUCUUCGUCAAAAAUUACCAACAACAGUUGGCAAAUAAUUCAUUUGAACACCCAUAAUAAAUAAUCAAUAACAAAUGUUGAACACAGCUUAAAAGUGUAUUAAAGAUGAAUCGUAAUAAAAUUUCCUUUGGGAAAAUCAAUCUUAAUCCAAAUAAACCUGCUGGGGUAACGGAGAAACCUGCGGAAAGCCAGCAUGAAGCUUCAUCUUCAACGACUAAUGCCGGUGGUUUCAAGAAAAUGGGCAAGCAACAACUCAUCCGGCAAGUAGAAGAGGUGACUGAAGAUAUGGAAAGUCAACAUCUUAAAGAAAUAAUGGGUAUAAGCGGGUUUGGGCGUAAAACAGCAAAAGUCUUCGAUAUAAAUGAGCAAAUAGCAAAAGCGCGUGAAGUGGCACCACCAAAACCACGUACCGAAAGUGAAGAACCUAAACCAGUUGGCAAUGAUGAUUCUGACGAUGAGCCUGCGUUUGGGCCUUUACCACCGGAAGCGCUCAGCACAGGAGCAGACGGCAAUAAACAAACUGGGGGAAAGCCUAAAAACGUACAUACUGAUAGUGAUGAUGAUAAUGACGACGACGAUGAUGAGGAGGAUGAUGACGAUAAUCUUGAACGUAAAAUACCAAAUACACACGAGGUGCAAAUGCAGCAUGGUUCGCGCGCAGUACUAGCGCUUGCAGGUGAUCCAGCAGGGGCACGUCUUGUGUCCGGCUCCAUCGACUAUGAUAUGUGUUUUUGGGACUUUGCCGGUAUGGAUGCUGGAAUGCGUAGUUUUCGUACCAUACAGCCAUGUGAGAAUUAUCCCAUAAGAGCACUACAUUAUUCCGUUACUGGUGAUAUGAUACUGGUUGUGUCUGGUAAUUCACAAGCGAAAAUUCUUGAUCGUGAUGGUUUCGAAAAAAUGGAAUGUGUUAAGGGUGAUCAAUAUAUAAGCGACAUGGCGCGCACAAAGGGUCACACUGCACAACUCACCUCUGGCUGUUGGCAUCCGUAUACACGUGAAGAAUUUCUUACUGCAGCACUUGAUGGCACUCUACGUAUUUGGCAUGGUUUAAAGUCCAAGGAGCAGAAGACGGUGAUUAAGACACGAGCGCUGGGUGGUUUGCGUACCAACGCUUCGGCGUGCAUUUUCAAUCGUGAUGCCACCUUAAUCGCCGCUGCUUGUGUAGAUGGUUCGGUGCAGAUGUGGGACACACGUAAAAUGUUUGUUAAUACGACACAUUGUUUGCGUGGCGCCCAUCAAAAGGGCUCGGAAAUCACUUCUGUACAAUUUUCGUACUUGGGUACGCAUCUGGCCACACGUUCUAAUGAUGAAACUAUGAAGUUGUGGGAUUUACGUAAGUUCAAAGAACCGCUGCAUACAUGGACUGAUCUAUUCUCGCGUUAUGAUACCACAGACUGUUGCUUCAGUCCGGAUGAUAAAAUGCUGGUGACGGGUGAAUCUUUGCCCAAGGGUUCGAAAGAGGCGCAAUUGCAUUUUUAUAACACUCAGACAUUUGAAGAAGUGAAGCGUAUCGCGGUUACCGAUUCGCACGUCGUAAAGGCAAUGUGGCAUCCAAAGCUGAAUCAGAUUUUUGUCGGUUGCGGCAAUGGUGUCAUCAAAUGCUAUUAUGAUGAACUACUCAGCUCGCGUGGGGCAAAAUUGUGCGUUGUCAAGACACAUCGAAAAAAGAAACAUACAGAAAUGAUCGGUGUAUCGCAGAUAAUUACACCACAUGCAUUACCCAUGUUCAGGCAGGAAAAAUCAAAGUCAUCACGCAAGAAAAUGGAGAAAGAGCGUUUGGAUCCCAUUAAAUCGCAUCGUCCUGACUUGCCAAUCACCAGCGGACAAGGUGGCCGUGUUGCUAGCUCAGGUGGCACACUCUCUUCGUAUGUCAUUCGAAAUUUGGGUCUGAGCAAACGCGUUGACGACGACCAAGAUCCACGUGAAGCAAUUUUGAAAUAUGCAAAGGAAGCUGAAGAAAAUCCUUACUGGAUAGCGCCAGCGUACAAAAAGACGCAACCGAAGCCGAUAUUCAAAGAAUCGUCCGGUGAACCCGAUGCAAAGAAAGCUAAAGAGGAGUAAUUAAGCUAGAAGAUAAAGUGAUAAGGUUAAGAUUUUUGAUAUAGCAUGUAACACAAAAAUAAUAAACAUCAGUGACCAACA